CACUUUCCUCCGCACCCUUUUCCGCAUUUUCCAUUUUGAUUUCGAUUCCCCGCCAAAGCCCACUUCUUUCUGCGUUUCGCUGUUUAAGCUCUGUUUUGUAGCUCGGCUCCGGGAUUCUGAGUUUUCCUGUUUCUUUCGUGAUUUUCGUCCAAUCCCAUUUUCCUUCUAUCCAUUCUAGUGUAUCUUCCGAAGUAGAAUGAUUUAGUUGUUGAAUCUUAGUUCUGCCUGUGAAUCGUUGAUGGGGUUUUGGCGGGUUGAAGUUGGAACGACGGGUCUGUGGUUUCUUCGAUCCGGUGGUUUCUGUAACCGAUUUCGCUUUGGUUAUGUGUUGUUGGAACUCCUUGAUGUUUCUGAAUCUCGAGCUUCUUUAUUAGUGCUUCUCAACCGUUACUUGAAUGAUCCCAGUGACUGUUUGGGCAUGUGAUGUGUGGAAAUAAUAGAUGCUAAUCAUUAUCGAAUCUGCAGUAAUUUGUACUUCCGUUAUCUCUUAUCGUUUCAUGUUUCCUUUGGGAUUUAUCAUUUGUUGGUGUAUGCUUACUUUAUGACACUUGACAUGUUCAAGUUUUCUGUUUGAGUGUCUUUCUAGUUUCUCCUUCCAAAUACUUUGGGUUCUCUUUAACCAUUGGGAUGACAGGGAUAACUGCUAACAACGAUGGUUUGUUUUGUGUACUUUCAACAUUCUUCAAAUUAGUAGUUUAGGAAGUCAUCAUACUUGCAUAUGUCUUGUUUAUGACAACGACAUUAAACGUUUACAUGGCUAAUUAAUUUGUGCUGUUUCUGAAUAUGACAAAAACAAUGAUAAAGAAAACCUUGAUGAGAGAUACCCAUUUGGGUUAGACUGUUGGACUGUAGGCUUGUCUUAUAUGUAUCUUGAAUCUUUUCUGAUGAUUUCAUGUUCUGAAUGUUGCAGCUUAUGGCAAGUGGAAAAGUGAAUAGUCAAUGUUCUUAUCAUGCAAAGGAUAGCUUAAGAGUGUGAGAGUUCGGUUCCCAGAUUUUAAAAUCCUUUGUAUCUAAAUUGCAAUGUCAGAAAUGGAUUAGCAUUGUGGAUCAAGAUAACAACAGAAUUGCUAAGCUCUGCGGAGCCACUAUCUAAGGGCUUUUGUAUAGCGAGCAAAGGUAGUAAUGGGAUCUGGUACUUGUGAAAUUGUUGAAGCAAGGGAAGAAAUUAACCCGGUUCAAACUAAGGUAGGAUCUCGUCACUCAGAGUUUGUAUCAAAUGACAGAGAUCGGAAACUUUCUGCUCUGAAAAUUGGAUUCAAGGGAUCUCUAGAGGAUGAUAUCAAUCAGCUUUUUGAGUCAAUUAAUAUUAAAAAUUCAUCCAAGAGUUUGGGUCAUUCGCAAGUAGAGGCAAGUGCACUAAGAAAAAGUACCCUAAAGAAGCCAAUUACUGUUGGCAUGCCUCGUUCACCAGGUAUUGGGACUUCUGAUACUGGUAGUCUUAAGCAAGCACUCAGGGACUUAUGCCUUUCAAAGGCAUCUGAAAUGGCUGUGAUGAAAAGAUCAUCAAAAUCAGCUAGCUCUUCAAGAAUCUCAGAAGCUGGACGGAUCAAGACAUUGUACAAUUCAGUUAUGGUUGAAGCCACUCAAUCAGGCUCUUCUUCGAACAACGGUAAGGGGAGUGUGGUUGAAAUAUCCCUGGUUCCAGAGGAAAAGAAGUUCAACUUAGGGAAGAGUCUUGGGCAUGUUCAGGCAUCCUCUGUUGAAUUGUCCGCCGAAAGUGCUGAUUGUUCUCCUCAGUUACCAGUUACGGAAACACAAACUUCUAUUGAGGUUGUUGCUGUGGAACAAAAUGUGAAUACACAAACUCCUCAGUUACCAGUUUCCACGACGUUGUCAAGGAAAGUUGGAUCUCAAACAUUGAAGGCAGAGCUGGAAAAGGAAGAGGAGUCCACAACUCCUCCAUCUAUAUCUUCUUGCACUAUUGGCAAGGUUUUAGAGAAGGAGAAGAAAAUUCUUGCCUCAAGCAGGGUAGCAAAUAAAGCGUCAUCAUCAAAGCCAGGACGGAAAGGCAGGCUGCACACUGCAUCUUCAUCUAAGUUGGUUAAUGGCAAUAAGGUAGGCAAGUUAUCUAGAAGUACCUCCCGUUCUGUGAAACCGGUUAUUAGGAAUAAGGGGUUGGCCAAGAAGAAAGUCAAACAGGAUUUGAGUUCUCCAACAUGUAGUUCAAGCACAUACAAUGCAGUCAAUGGUGAUAUGGAUCCUAGUAAAAAGACGUUAAUAUGUGAGAGAUGCCACUGUGCAUUGAAUAGUGCAACUAAAGACUCAAAGAAGGGUUCUGCUUCACAGUUUGCUGGUCUUAGUACUGAUGUGAACGUGACUAAUUCAAAAUCUGGUGCUAACAAAUCGGGCAUCGCGGUGGAUGGCAAGGCUUCUGAUGUUAGAGUUAAAAGGAACACAAAGGUACGAGAUAAGGGUGAAUUUUCUCAAAGCUCAAAAAGUAGCCAAGGUGAUUACAGUAGCAGUACAACGAGUAUUAUAAGUGAUGACAGCAAUGGGCAUGGAUCCAGUAACGGUAGCAGACCUCACAUGUCAAAAGAUGUUAGGUGGGAAGCCAUACGCCAUUCACAAAUGCAGCAUGGGAUCCUCAGCUUGCGGCAUUUCAAUCUUUUAAAGAAACUUGGUUGCGGGGACAUUGGAACUGUGUAUCUUGCCGAGUUAACUGGCACUAAUUGCUUAUUUGCCAUUAAGGUCAUGGACAAUGAGUUUCUAGCAAGAAGGAAGAAAAUGCCCAGAGCGCAAACCGAGAGAGAAAUACUUAGAAUGCUGGAUCAUCCAUUCCUCCCAACACUUUAUGUUCAAUUUACUUCAGAUAAUCUAUCAUGUCUUGUUAUGGAGUAUUGUCCUGGAGGAGAUCUUCAUGUUCUGCGGCAGAAGCAGCUAGGCAGAGUCUUUCCUGAACCUGCUGCAAGAUUUUAUGUUGCUGAAGUUCUCCUUGCUUUGGAGUACUUGCACAUGCUUGGAGUUAUUUAUCGAGAUUUAAAACCUGAAAACAUUCUUGUCAGGGAAGACGGUCACAUUAUGCUUACCGACUUUGACCUAUCGCUUAGGUGCACAGUCAGUCCAACACUUCUGAAGUCAGCAUCCUUCAAUGCAGGCUCAGUGAAGACAUCAGGUCCAUGUACAGAUUCUAGUUGUGCCGAGCCGUUUUGUAUUGAACCAUCAUGUCAAGUUCCAUGCUUCAGCCCAAGAUUCUUACCUGCUGCCCCCAAGACAAGGAAGUCCAAACCCGACCUUGCAACACAGGUCAGGUCAUUGCCACAGCUCGUUGCUGAACCCACCGAUGCACGAUCCAAUUCCUUCGUUGGGACUCAUGAAUAUUUGGCUCCCGAGAUCAUUAAAGGGGAGGGUCAUGGAGCUGCAGUUGAUUGGUGGACAUUCGGUGUCUUUCUCUACGAGCUUCUAUAUGGCCGAACCCCUUUCAAGGGUUCCAACAAUGAAGAAACACUGGCCAAUGUGAUAAUGCAGGGCCUUAGUUUCCCGGACAGUCCAUUUGUUAGUUUCCAAGCAAGGGAUCUUAUCCGAGGUCUGUUGGUAAAGGAACCCGAGAACCGAUUCGGGUCAGAGAAAGGGGCAGCCGAGAUCAAGCAGCAUCCAUUUUUCGAGGGGCUAAACUGGGCAUUGAUCCGUUGUGCAAUUCCUCCAGAACUUCCAGACUUAUGUGAUAUGGACAUUCCAAGCAUGAUUGCUCAACAAAACAAGUUCAGGUAUUUGGAAAGCAAGUCCACUGGAGAACACCUGGAGUUUGAAUUGUUUUAGCAGAAAAGAAAUCCAUCAGAGACGACGCCAAGUUAGAUAUUGGCCUUUGUAUUCCAACAUCUUCUCCUUCUUGUCCUUGCUGUAAUUAAUAUUGUAGCGUAUAAUGUAAAUGUGGUCGAGAAUAUCGUAUUAAGGCUUUUGCCAUUUUCAUGGCACGAGAGGUCUCGAGUUCAAUAUUAUGUAUCAAUUUGAUACGAGAAAAAUGAGUUACCCAAAAGGAGCUUUCGGAUUACAGAACCUUUCCCUUCCAGUAAAUGGAAAUAGUUACCUCUUUGGCAACA